AUGUCUUCCCAUACCCAGGAGUCUAGGUCGAACCCUCGGAUUGAUGAAGCAGCACUUGAUUCAUCUGCACAAGAAGGUGAAAAAGAGGCUGAUGAAGAACAGGAAAGUGGAGAUGAACAAGGGAUUGAUUCUGAUGAAGAAGAAGGUGAAAAAGAGGCUGAAAAUGGGCAAAGUGAAAAUGUUGAUGUGGAGCCUCCAAGUGAGAUUGCUAUCAAUGGUCUAGAAGAUUUGGGGAUUGUAAAUUUCAAACAACUAUCUGUCAAUGACAUAGUCACCUAUCACUUUCCGGAUCGUGAGGUUGCGUACUUGUUCUACAGUUGGUAUGCUCGGAUGCAUGGAUUUGCUGCGAGGAAGGCUAAGGUCCUAAAAAACAAUCACAGAGAUGUAAUCCAGCAGAGAUUUGUUUGCUUCAGGGAGGGUAAAAGGAAAGAGAAAGCUGAGCCAGAGGUUGAUGGUCAUGCUGGUGAAAAGAGAAAGCGUUUUCCGAAAAAGUCUACAAGAUGUGAGUGUAAGGCUUAUUGUCAGGUCCAUGUUCAUAAGGAUAACAAGCGUUGGCAUGUUAGAUCUGUUUGUGAUGAUCAUAAUCAUGUACUUGUUGAAGAAAAAUUGAUUGGAUUGGCACCUACUCAUAGGAGAAUGAAUGAGGCCGACAUUACUCAAUUGAAUUGCUUUAGGAAGUCAGGCAUUACAACUCCACAGACUUAUGGUGUGUUUGCCAACCAGAUGGGUGGAUAUCAAAAUGUUCCAUUUGGACCAAGACAAAUGUACAAUGAGAAAUUUAAAAAGAAUAAGGUGGACAGUGAUGGAAUCAGUCGGGACAACUAUUUAUUGUUUGGGGAUGUGUUGGCAUUUGAUGCCACAUACAAGAAAAACAAGUACAAGCGGCCACUUGUGCUUUUCUCUGGAGCUAAUCAUCACAAUCAGACAAUUAUAUUUGCUGCAGCUUUAGUUUCUGAUGAGAAAGAGGAGACAUAUGUUUGGUUGCUUCACAAUUUGUUAGAUGCAAUGCAAGGGAAAGCACCGGUAUCAGUAAUCACAGAUGGAGAUCUAGCAAUGAAAAAUGCAAUUAAAAUUGUGUUUCCAAAUGCGCAUCACAGGUUAUGUGCUUGGCAUCUUCUUCGGAAUGCAGUGAGCAAUGUUGCAGAACCCAAGUUUGUUCAAAUGUUUUCAAGAUGCAUGCUUUGGGAUCUUGAAAUUGUGGAGUUUGAGGACAGGUGGGCUCAAAUGGCUAUUGAAUGUGGGUGUGAAGACAAUGUUUGGGUUCAGGAUUUGUAUAAGCGGAGGAAGAUGUGGGCUGCUGCAUAUAUGCGGGGUGAAUUCUUUGUGGGCUUUCGUACAACCUCUCGGGUUGAGGGAUUACAUGCCCAAGUUGGGAAGUUUGUAGACUCAUGGAACAAUUUGACUGAUUUUAUGCAUAACUUCUUUCGAUAUAUGAGUUAUCAGCGACAAAGGGAACUUGAAGCAUAUUUUGCAUCAAUGCACGGUGACCAUGUGCCGCAAACACAAUUGAAGAGGCUUGAAAAGUCAGCUUCCAACCAUUACACGGACAACAUUUCCAGGCUUGUCUCUAAGGGUCUUCACCGGUGUUUGAUGCUCAAGGUUAGUCUUUUCAAGGAGACUUCAACUUGCAUCAUUUACUUUGUUGAAAGGUUUUCUCUGUCUAGUCGGAGAUGGAAUGUGACUUUGUGCAAAACAACCAGUGAGUUCAAGUGCUCUUGUAUGAGGAUGGAAUCAUAUGGCAUUCCAUGCGACCAUAUUCUUGCUGUUUGUAGAUAUCUAGACCUGCCUGAAAUUCCCUCAUCAUUAAUUCUGGGGAGAUGGACCAAGGAUGCAAAAGAGGGGCUUGAGUUGUGUGGGGAACAAUUGGGUGCAUGA